CGACGGGCAGGCUCUAGGCAGUGCGAGGGUCGUCUUGUAGAUGCCGCGUGACCCUGCCCGUCGAGCGCCCGACGGCUGAGGUCGGCGUCGGCGGUGAGCACCGCGAACACCGUGGCCGUACCGUACGGCUAGCCAGGAGGUGAGGAAGACGGGCGCAGCCCCGGUGCAGCCUCGCCCGCCUUAGGCUUACCCUUGCCCAACAAGAAGCAAGGCGGCGUGCCUCGGCAGAGCGACAGCCCCUGUGUGCCUCCCCGUGUGGCACGCCUGGGCGGCGGGUGGCCUACCCCGCCCUGGGGCAGGGGCGAGGGGUAGUCGAGCUUCGCGUCGCUCCCGAGGGAUGGCGCCACCUUUGUCUCAUAAUGAGUAAACAAACAUCAAGCAAACAUGGUGCAUCCCUAAAGUUAACAAGACCGGGUCAUAUGGGAAUUUAACAAAGUUUUGGCAUGGAAUGCCUUUAUGCCAGUCGCUGUCAUCGUGCGACUAUGAUCUCCUUUGAACUGUGCUCCAGAUUGUUUGGAAGAUUAUAAUAUUUUGAGGUCGGCGAUGGUCGGCUACCUGCUGCCUAAUUACAUUGUGGCUGCUAGAGGUUAUCCUAAGGACCUGAAAUUUCAUUUCAUGAGACAUCCAGUGAAUGCUCAAAUAUACCAGGGCAUGCAGGUGAACUAUCUCUUUAAAUGUAAAGUGAGCAAACACAUCACUAUGAAGGGUCAUUACAUGACACAUUGGCCAUACGAUUGUUUUGAACAUGAUUAUCCUUUACAUUUGACCGAUGAAAUGAAAUUGUGUUGGGCCGAACAAAAUCUCUGUUGGGUUUUAGUCGGACAACCUAAAGGUACUAUUCAGACCAGGUUUCGUUGAUUUUCAGCUACCACGUAUUUGAGAUAGACACUUUUUUCUACUUUACAUUUAAUUUUGAGGACCUUAUAAUUUUUUGACCAAAAUCUGCUUCAGAUCAUUUUAAUCAGCAUCUAAAACUGGUUUAAAAGCAAUUUUGUCCUGGUCAAUAUAUUAAUUUUUUGUAUAUUUUACAAAGCAUUUAAAUGGCUAAAACACACUAAAAUACCCAAUAUUGAGAAAACUAAACGGGAAAUUUCCCAAACUUCUCCCAGUGUUUUUUGGGUGUAGUUGGUCAUACUAAAUGAAAAUUUUGACAA